ACAAAACAUCACAAGCGGGUAAACGUAGUGCAAUAACCCUUUCGUUCCCAUCAGGUUAGCUUCGUUCUUCGUCUUUCAGCUUCAAUCAACAUUCUGUACCCCUGCUAAUCUCACCGCUAAGUGCACGCACACAUAAUGAGCCGCUACGAUGGUCGCUCCGGCGACCCCGGUUCGUACCGUGACCGGAGGAGUGAAUCAGGGUUUGGUGGGGCUUCUGGAUAUGGUAGUGGUGGUGUUCGCUCAUCCUCAAGCAAGAGAGAUCUUGAUGGGGUAGAGUCACCAAGGAAGCCGGAUUUGGAUGGGUUAACUCCAUUUGAGAAAAAUUUCUAUGUGGAGUCCCCAGCAGUGGCAGCAAUGUCAGAGAAAGAGGUGGAGCAGUAUCGGGAACGGAGGGAAAUCACAGUUGAAGGCCGGGAUGUUCCAAAACCAGUCAUGAAUUUUCGCGAUGUGGGCUUGCCAGAAUAUGUCAUGCAAGAAAUUACAAAAGCUGGCUUUGCUGAACCUACACCCAUCCAAGCUCAAGGAUGGCCAAUGGCUUUGAAGGGCCGUGAUGUCAUUGGUAUUGCUGAAACAGGAUCAGGAAAGACACUUGCAUAUCUAUUGCCUGCAAUCAUCCAUGUAAAUGCUCAGCCAAUUUUAGCUCCAGGAGAUGGCCCAAUUGUAUUAGUUUUAGCUCCAACUCGUGAACUUGCUGUUCAGAUACAACAAGAAGCAGCUAAAUUUGGUGCAUCAUCGAGGAUUAAGAAUACCUGCAUACAUGGUGGAGUUCCUAAGGGACCUCAAAUUCGUGAUCUUCAGAAAGGUGUUGAAAUUGUUAUUGCUACACCGGGGAGGUUGAUUGACAUGUUGGAAAGCCAUCACACAAACUUGCGAAGGGUCACUUACCUUGUGCUGGAUGAGGCUGAUCGGAUGUUAGAUAUGGGUUUUGAACCGCAGAUUAGAAAAAUUGUUUCUCAGAUUCGUCCUGAUCGUCAAACCCUCUAUUGGAGUGCUACAUGGCCCAAGGAGGUGGAACAACUUGCUAGGAAGUUCCUUUACAACCCAUGUAAAGUGGUUAUAGGAUCUGCAGAUCUAAAAGCUAACCAUGCAAUUCGUCAGCAUGUGGAGAUUGUUUCCGAGAAUCAGAAAUACAACAGAUUGGUGAAGUUGCUGGAGGAUAUUAUGGAUGGCGGCCGAAUUCUUAUAUUCAUGGACACUAAGAAAGGGUGUGACCAGAUUACUCGGCAGCUUCGCAUGGAUGGUUGGCCGGCACUCUCAAUUCAUGGAGAUAAGAGUCAAGCAGAAAGAGAUUGGGUACUCUCAGAGUUCAAAGCUGGAAAGAGUCCGAUAAUGACUGCAACAGAUGUUGCAGCUCGUGGUUUAGAUGUCAAGGAUGUGAAAUUUGUGAUCAACUAUGACUUCCCGGGAUCUCUUGAAGAUUAUGUCCACCGCAUUGGUCGAACAGGAAGGGCUGGGGCCAAAGGAACAGCCUACACUUUCUUCACAGCCGCCAAUGCCAGAUUCGCUAAGGAACUCAUUACCAUACUUGAGGAAGCAGGGCAGAGGGUCGCUCCGGAACUGGCAGCCAUGGGUCGUGGUGCACCUCCUCCUCCAUCAGGUCAUGGGGGCUUCCGAGACCGUGGGAGGGGCCAUGGCAGUGGACGCGCCUGGGGCUAAUCAAUCACCUUAACCUACGAAAACCCUACAAAACAUUGCAGACUCUGCUAUCAAAUUCUCAGAACCAUGAGCUUGUAGAUUGGAUACAUUGGAGGUAGAUGGUUGGUUGGACGCUUACGGGAAGAGCGGUUUUGAUUAACAGAUGGAGCUUAAGCUUGAGUAUGAUUUGCCCGAUUGAAUCGGGGGCUGUAGUGUCAGUAUUCAUCCCUGUGAGAUAGAACCUGAACCCUAAACUUUUACCAUCUUUUUUAUCAUCUAUCUUUACAAAUCAUUGAGGAAGAAGAAAAUAGGAGGCAGAACUUUUCCA